ACGAUUUAUUUGCUUUUACUAAUCGGCAGUUCUUCAAAGGAACCUUUUAGUAUUAAUGCUAUUGAUACGAGGUCUGGUACAUCAGUAUGGUCAUAUAAAGGAAAUGAAAUGCAAGGGGCCACUAUAGGCUGUGUCGAAUUAUUUGGCCCCAAUCAAGAUAUGCUUUUAAUAUCAGCUAAAGAUAGACCAACUAUUAAUAUGAUUGCUGUGAAUGCGCGAGAUCGAUUUCAUAUAAAGAGUGUAUUGAAUAAUCCAGUGAAUUUUAUUAAAGCUGUUCCCGACGGAAGUGUAAUUUGUGGUGCUUCCACUGGGGAACUUGUUUCCACUAUCGAAGGAUAUCAUCGUAAAAUCACGUGCAUUUGCUUAAAUUCUGAUGGAUCAAUGUUGUUUUGUGGUGCGGAAGAUGGUUUUUUGCCGGAUAUUCAUUUGCUUUUUUCAAAUGUACACUCGCUGGCUGUGAAAACAAUUUGUGUAACGAAAAAUUCAAAUACUCGCAUUUUGUCGUGUUCUCUUGAUCAUACCGUUGCUCUUUAUUCAUUAAAUAUGGGAGGAUGUAUUUUAAAAAUAUCUGGUGAUCGCCCAUUCACUUGUUGUUUAAUAAAUCCUUCAGAGAGUAGCAUUUUUCUUGGCACCGACAGAGGUGAUGUCCUACAAGUCGAUUUAUAUUCUCUGAAAGACAAAGAUAGAUGCAUUAUCGUAACGGGUGAAAAAAGCAAUUUUCCCAUUUUUCGAGGUCAUAAAUCUGAAAUACAGCAAUUUGAUAUUAAUUUUGAUGGUUCUUUGUUAUCUUCUGGUGAUGUUUUGGGUUAUUAUUUUAUAUGGGAUAUCAGAAGUACUCAAAAUUUAAAAAAUGGACUUGCGAAAGGUAAAUUUUCAAAUUUCUAA